AUGUUUUCGAGAAAGAAGAAAGAACCAAGCCCGCCGCUGCCCAGGCUGCUGGAAAUUUACAAUGAGAUCGCCAAUACAUCGCUUACGAAUUUAAGUUUAGAGCAAAAUAACCGUUCGAACGAGGCCCUAAAUGGCUGGAGAACACUUCAUCAAGCGGCAGCUCAAAAGGUGGAAGCGCUUGAGAAGAGUAUCGCAGGGGUAGAGCUAACGGACGAGGAGUCCUAUAUUUUGGAUGAAAUCCACAUUCUGCAGGCACAGGCGGAUGACCAUAUGGAUAGAUUAGAGAACAAACUAAAUCCCCCCCUUCCCAUUCAGGCGUCUAAAGUCUAUUCCAAUCCUCAACAUUCCUCCAGUUCUGCUGGUCUAAAGGCGUCUCCCCCUGGUUCCAGAUCCAACUCUGUGCGAGCGAACGUUCCUACCUUGAGAUCCUCAAAUCCAGUAACGAUGAACUCCAAAAGACCAGUCAACAAACCAUUGAUUAAGUCGCUCCGUCCCAAUCAGAACAUAGCUAAUAACAACUCUAGCGGAAGUUUGGGCAACUCCAUCUCUUCCCAAGCCACGGCUAAGCAAGCUGCAAACUUGAUUUGGGCGCCAUCCAAAAGUUUAUCUACCAACAAGACGUACUCAUCGAACUCACAGGAAGACUUAUUUCAAGACUUUGAUGGUGUCAUUGAUGAUGAGGAAUACCACCACAAAGAAACCCUCAGACAAUUACAACAAAACGCUUUUGCAUCGAAAGCCGCCAGAAGUAAAAACGACGAAGACCUAAUUGACCUCAGUGAAAACCUGUCACAUCUGGAUAUUCGUCAAAAACCAACGCCUCAACCAAAACAACAAGUACAAAAGAAUCAUGCUAAGUCAUCAGCAGAGAGAGCACGGGCGGCGCUGAAGAUUUCAUCGCAGGUCAAACUUCCUCAAAAGGUAGCCCCCAGUGCUGUUCGUCAACCUGCCCGCCAUGCAUCGCCAGCAAGAAUUGCCAGAUCUCCACCCCGAUCGACAAAUGUGCAACUCGCCAAACCCCAAAGCCGCAGAGCAAACCUUUCUCCUGGUCCUACUAAACCUGUUUCAAGACCUCAGUCUGGUUCCAGGAGAGCUUCACCACACGCUAAAGGAUCAACGACAAGUGCUCCUAAGGUGCUCGCUGACAAUUCUACAAAAGAUACUGAAACGUUGGACAGUGACAAUUCAAUUGAAGACGACGAAGACAAACUAAUAGCCUCUAUGAGAGGCGUGGAUCCUGUUGCCGCUAGACAAAUUCUCAACGAGAUUGUGGUUCACGGAGAUGAAGUCCACUGGGACGAUAUCGCGGGACUCGAUGCUGCCAAAAAUUCUCUCAAGGAGACAGUGGUUUACCCAUUUUUAAGGCCAGACCUGUUCAGUGGCUUGAGAGAGCCUGCUCGAGGAAUGCUGUUGUUUGGACCUCCUGGAACAGGAAAAACUAUGCUUGCGCGUGCCGUUGCAACGGAAUCAAAAUCAACAUUUUUCUCGAUAUCUGCGUCUUCACUGACUUCGAAAUAUCUUGGUGAAUCCGAAAAGCUGGUUAGAGCGUUGUUCCAAUUGGCCAAAAGACUUGCUCCUUCAAUAAUCUUUGUGGAUGAGAUAGACUCCUUAUUGGGAAGCAGAAAUAAUGAGGGCGAAAACGAGUCUUCAAGGAGGAUCAAGAACGAGUUCUUGGUUCAGUGGUCUGAUUUGACCAAGGCCGCAGCUGGAAGAGACCAGGGAGAAGAUCUACAAAGAGUUUUAGUGCUAGCGGCCACGAACUUACCAUGGGCGAUAGAUGAAGCUGCAAGAAGAAGAUUUGUGAGACGGCAAUAUAUCCCGCUUCCAGAAUAUGAUACCCGGAAAGCCCAACUACAGAGGCUUCUUUCGCAUCAAAACCAUACAUUAACGGACAAGAACUUAGAGGAACUAAUACAGUUGACGGAUUCGUUUUCAGGAUCCGAUAUCACAGCUUUGGCAAAGGACGCAGCUAUGGGACCAUUAAGAGAGCUAGGAGACAAAUUGCUUCUAACAUCAAAAAACGAGAUCAGGCCUGUCUGUCUUCAAGAUUUCAUUAACUCUUUGAAUUACAUCAGACCAAGUGUCUCAAAAGAAGGCCUUAGACAAUUCGAAGAGUGGGCUAAGCUGUAUGGAUCCUCGGGUGUCUAA